UUUACGCUUAACUAUUCAAUAGUAGCAUCACAGAAAUUUUAAGUCGUGACACGGCGGAUUCGUACCCGAGACCUUUACGAUCUGCCGAUCGGGCCAGAAGCUAGUACUGGAAACGAACAAAUUUAAACAAAAUCUUCCGAUUUCGUGAAAAAUUUGAAGAAUGAGCCGCGGAAGUGGAGGCGGAUACGAUCGGCAUAUUACGAUCUUCUCUCCGGAAGGCCGGCUUUAUCAAGUCGAAUAUGCCUUCAAGGCCGUUAAGGCCGCCGGAGUCACCUCGAUUGGCGUCCGCGGGAAGGACUCAGUGUGUGUUGUUACUCAGAAGAAAGUGCCGGACAAGCUCUUAGAUCAGACUAGCGUCACGCUUUUGUUUCCUAUUACUAAGUACCUUGGUUUAUUGGCUACUGGAAUUACAGCUGAUGCAAGGACUUUGGUGCAACAAGCGAGGAAUGAGGCUGCCGAGUUUCGCUUUAGAUAUGGUUAUGAAAUGCCAGUUGAUGUAUUGGCACGCUGGAUUGCGGACAAGUCUCAGGUAUACACCCAGCAUGCCUACAUGAGACCACUUGGUGUAGUUGCCAUGAUAUUGGGUAUCGAUGAAGAGAAAGGUCCUCAGCUAUUCAAGUGUGAUCCUGCUGGUCACUUUUUUGGCCAUAAGGCAACAAGUGCUGGAGGUAAAGAGCAAGAGGCUAUUAACUUCUUAGAGAAGAAGAUGAAAAAUGACCCGGAGUUCACUUAUGAGGAAACUGUGCAGACUGCUAUUUCCGCUCUACAAUCUGUACUACAGGAGGAUUUCAAGGCCAGUGAGAUCGAGGUUGGUGUUGUGAGGAAAGAGGAUCAAAUUUUCAAAGUUCUCUCAACUGACGAAAUCGAUGAGCACCUGACCGCAAUCAGUGAGCGCGACUAAUCUGAUCGAGUUUGGCAAACUGUGAGGUGGUCAGAUUUCAUAAACUAUGUCUGAUGAUUGCCAGUAGUUGACCUUUAUUCAUAUCAUUUUAUUGGCAGUGUUUCAGCUUUAUAAUUAACAGUCUAUUUCAGUCUCAAUGACAUUAUUGUUCCACCUCGUGCUUAUAAUUAUGAAAUGUCAAAAAUCAUAGUUUUAAUA